AUGGCGCAGCGGAACUCUCUGAGCGCCUUCGUUGAGAAAUACGAAGUCAGGGAGGAUCUGGGAAAGGGACAAUUCGGCGUUGUUGCGGAAUGCGUGGAGCGCAAUUCCGGCAGGCGACUCGCCUGCAAGGUGGUCGCGGCGCGCAGGCAAGCAAUGGACGCGGCGGGGCGCGAGGCGGUGGCGCUUUCGCUGCUGAAAGGGUGUGAAAAUAUUGUUACUCUCGAAGAUGUCUUUAUCGGGGAGGAGGGGAAGGGGAUGGUGCUUGUAAUGGAGCUUGCUACCGGCGGCGAUCUUCUAACGCGGAUAGAGCAGAAGGGACGGAUUCCGGAGUCCGAGGCGCGUGACCUGUUCAAAGGAGUCGCCAUGGCUUUAAAGCAGUGCCACGAUAACGGGGUGAUUCAUCGUGACGUCAAGCCUGACAACGUGCUCCUGUUUCCCGCCAAAUCUUCUCCCCUAGGGAAAAUUCCCUCAGAAAGCGCUUCACCCACCAGUGUGUCUCCGAGGUUAACUCUAAUAAGCGACUUCAGGGGACGAGGUUGCGAGUUCACGGCGAAGCUCGCGGAUUUCGGCAUCGCGAGGGUGCUUGCACCGGGGGAGAAGUCCGAGGGCUACGCGGGAAGCUUCCCUUAUGAGGCUCCCGAGGUUAUGGCGGGAAAACCGUACGAUUUCUCUGCUGACAUCUGGAGCCUCGGUGUAACUCUGUACGCUAUGCUUUCGGGAAAAUGGCCGACUUUCGCGAACGGUCGCCGUGCGUUUGACGAAGGCAAGGACUGGGACUCCCCAUGCUGGUGGAUUAUAUCAGGCCGAGCGAGGAAUCUCAUCCGUUCAAUGCUCGCAACUGAUCCGCAGAUCCGACCGUCCAUUGAUGAGGUUCUAAGCGACCCUUGGGUUUGCAACAGCUCCUUCCUUCCAUCCUCGUUCUCCAUCUCUCCUUCUGGGAGUACCACCAAGCCAGCUGCCUCGGCCCCUGCUAGGACUGUCACCCCUGCAGCUGCAUUUACCAUCAAGCCUUCACCUGCCGAUGCCGUUACACCCGCUGCACCUCCUAAGACCCGCCUCCCAGCAACUUGCGACCCCUCCUCUACCUUCAUCUUCCCUCUUGCAACGCUCACGAUCAAGACCACGUACAAAACCACGUGCAGCACGGUCAAGUCAUGUAAGAGACUCGCUUCCGAUGUGCUGCAGCGGAAGCAGUGGCGCCGGCACGGCGCGGUUACCAGCAAGCUCUCCCCGUGUGCCAGCAAACUCUCCCCCUGUGCCAGCAAGCUCUCUCCCUGCAACAGCUCACUAUCGCGGCGUCACAGCAGCAGGUCGCAGCGAGGUUCCUUCUCGGCAGCUUCGGGGAGACUCAGUGUGCGGGUUGCUGCUGUGGCAGUUGCUGCAGUGGCAGUUGCUGCAGUGGGAGAGGCCUCUGCUGAUGCGAGAGACGUUCAGUGGUCCUUUAUGAGUGUGUGA